UAUACGGUGGUGUAGAUACGGGUUGUGGUAACUUAAUUUCACUGCGGUUAAAUAUCUAAAGGGGGCUGAUUUUUUUAAUUGAGUUGGCCGUCAAAAAUGGUAUUGGCAGAAAGAAACUCUGAAAGUGCUAGAAAUGGUCGGAGAUCUAGAGGACCGAGUCCAAAUGGUCAUGCAUCGGAAUCCAGUAGCGAAGAAGAAGGAGAGAAAAUUCGCGUGGGGCGAGAUUAUCAAGCUGUCGUACCAGAAUGCAUCCCACUGUCGGAACGUCGACCAGAACAGUGUUCUGACCGUGCGUUACUGGUUUGGUCCCCGACCAACUCGAUCCCCGACUACAAGUUGGAUGAGUAUAUUUCCCUCGCUAAGGAGAAGUAUGGCUACAAUGGAGAACAAGCUCUGGGAAUGCUGUUUUGGCACAAGCAUGACCUUGAACGAGCCAUCCUUGACCUGGCAAAUUUCACACCGUUUCCAGAUGAGUGGACAGUGGAGGACAAAGUGCUCUUUGAGCAGGCCUUUCAGUUUCACGGAAAGAGUUUCCACCGCAUCCGGCAGAUGUUGCCCGACAAGACAAUUGCGAGCCUCGUCCGCUACUACUAUUCCUGGAAGAAGACUCGCAGUCGUACCAGCCUCAUGGAUCGGCAGGCUCGCAAGCUGGCAGCACACCGAGAGGAGGGCAGUGAGGGGGGCUCAGAGUUGGGCUCCAACACGGACUCAGACUCUGACGAUAAGAAAUGGACAAUCCACCGGGGGAUCCGUCGAAAGAGUGGAUCGCCCCCACGCGCUCAGAACGCAGAGGAUGGCACUCAGAAGGACGGUGCCGAAGGAGGCAAGAAUUCGUGUGCAAACUGUGGUGUGUCAUGCACCCACACUCACGUCACUCCGAAGGGCAACAUGUGCAGCACAUGCUACCAGCACUGGAGGCGUACCGGCAGUGUGCGUCCGACGACAGGCCCUGUGAAGAGAGACCGCCACAUGCAUUCCUUACUGCGACACAAGCGCAAGCCGCCGCGCGGCAUGUACAUCAACCACGACGACCUGGUCGCCAUGGCAUCAUCGCAGGGAGGCGGUGCUGGCGCAGGGGGCGAGCACAUGCUGAAGGCCAUGGACCGCGAGAUAGUCUCCCUAAAGAGGCAGGUGCAGAAUAACAAGCAAACCUUGAGUGCUCUCCGCCGAAAGACAUCUGAAGGCAUUGAUGAGUACAGACCUCUGGACUCGAACACCCGUAUCAAUGCUCGUUGGACAAAUGACGAAUUGUUGCUUGCAGUGCAAGGUGUGCGCAAAUAUGGGAAGGACUUCCGUGCAAUUGCAGAAGUUCUGGGCACAAAAACAGAGGCCCAUGUGCGUAGUUAUUUUGUCAAUUAUCGUCGCCGUUACAAUCUCGAUGCUGUUCUGAAGGAAUUUGAAGCAGAAAAUGGACCCAUUGUUGAUGCUGAAGCAGACAAAGAUGAGAAGAUGGAGACCGAUGGAGUGUCUUCUGGGAGUGAGGCCAGCACUCCGACACCUGGCGGCAGUUCGCCGGUCACAGUCACGUCCUCGGCAGCUGGCGGGUCGGCGGGCACAGCGGCAGUGGUCGGCAGCACUGGUGCCGGUUCUGGUCCCGUCGCUUCUCCCGGGAAGAACUCUUCUGGUUUUCCCAAAACACCACCUGUAGGCCCGGGACAAGCUGCCAAAUGAUAUUGGCUCUAGCAUAAUUUUAGGUAAUUUUUAUUUUCAGAGAACCAUAGCAGUGGAGCAGAGCCAGUGGUAUUGUGAUGGCUGUUUGUUGUUGAGAAAGACACACACACACACACACACACACACACACACUCUUAAUGCAGUGUACAUUUUUCUUUGCUGAAGUCAUAUCACUUAUCCAGUCAUUGGAAUUCUGCUGUGCUUGGGAAACAAUGUGUGCUUCAUGAGAACUAUUGUGUAGUUUGUAUAUUCUGCUGUUUUUUUCUUUUUUAGAUAAUACAUUUUGUGUUGUCUAUGUCAUAUGUGAAAUAUUGUUUGAUUUAUGGAGCUACUGUUUACGAAAUAUUGAGUGUCUCUGGAUUCAUUUUAGAAUUGCUGUAAAUUGAGUUUCUGAUGUUAUGUAUGUAGAUUGGGCAAUUGUAAAUCAUGACGGACUUCCACAAAUGCCGUAGAACCACAAUCAAACUAGUCAAUGGAAAUGCCAAGUAAUCUGUGUGUUCGUAAAGACAUAUUCCUCUUAGAGAACUUCAAUGUUUGAAAAACAGAUUAUGAACCGACUAAGUAGUGAACACUACGAUUUUAAAUGGACUGAAUAGUGCACACUAUGACUGACAGAGUCAACUGUGAAUGAACUGUAACUACAUUUAAAGACCAUUCACAGCAUUUGUAAUCCUGUGGCCUUCAUUGCUCUCUAAGAGUUUAAGUUAACCACCAAUGCCUUCAGUGAGAGUGCACGAAAUCGUUCUGCAAUGAGUGAACAUUGAUAGUGUAUUUGGCUGUCACCAGGCUGGUCUUAACAUUUUCCAAAAAUCACAGUGUACAACUGUAUGGAUGCUCUCAAUUGUUUAUGUAUUUAAGUACUGGUAUAUUUCUGUUUGUCAGUAGAAAAUGAAGGAAAAAUGUAUGCUGAAUUUUUUUGAAAGGGAGGAGGAGAUUUAUACAUUUUUACCAAACUCCGUAAUUAAUCAUCAGUUACAAUUCAAAAGUUUGAGAUCUUUUAUGUAAAACAUUCUCUGCGUGGAGAGCAGGGUUUGAACUUGAUUAACACUUAAGAAAAUUUUAUAUGUGAGUGCUUGGGCACAAUGCAGGGACAGUGUAAUAGGCAUAUUAUACAUAUAUAUUUAUUAUAAUUCUAUUAAAUAUUUAUUUGUUUAGGGCUUCAUUGAGGUUUUGCACAGGAACGAGGAUUAAUUGCCCUGUCACUCUGUGUUGCUCUGUAGUUAAUUAAUGUAUUGUCUAGUUCAUAGUUUGAAAAUAUGUAAAUAUCAUAAUUCCUUCAUAAUUGUCGUCCUCAUUUUUGCUAUGUUGACUGUUUUGUGAUAGUAUGUGUUUGCUUUUCAUUGCAGUUCCCCUUGUGUCUACUCAGCAUUUUCUUUGUCUUCGUUAGCAUUUCAUUUAGUUGUUGGCACAUUGCCGAUUUUUAAGUUUCCCAGUUCAUGCCGUGUGUUUUUUGUCUGUUCUGCAAAAUCAUUUGGGAACAUCUGAAUCCUAGCUUUCUUCAUGCUGUGUUUACUUAAAUGCAUAGAUUUCCUGUCUGUCCCUGGUUCAGUUUUACAUAUGGACUUUUAUUAUUUGUAUGGGGUUCUUGUGCUGGUGUAAGAAUAGGAGUGGAACAAAUAAUCAUCAUGACCGAUUCCAUGAUAUAUUUGCAACACAAUAUUAAAAUCGCCUUACAUUUAUGUGUUGUGUGCAUGUAUCUUCCAUUGUUACAGCUGUUAUAAUAAAUACUUGCAGCUGGUAUACAGAAAUCCAAAUAUAUAUUCUGUAGUGAAUCUUGUUUUUCAUUCCAUUUAUCAUGCAAAUGAGUAAUCUACCUCUUUCAAAUUUGUCAUUCCUUAUUCAUGUUUUCGUGCCUCUGUUUUGCCCCUUCUAGGAUGUUGCUUGUAAUAAAGUUUUAGCCAAAAGCUUGUCAGCGUAAGACAACCUUACU